AUGAUUAGACUAAAUGUCUACUGUUCACUAAUUCCAAGUGCAAGACAAGCCAGACCAGUCAGCAGCUAUGACUCAUUGAUCAUCCAUAAUCACAAAGCUUCUAAAUUUCCUCAUAGGAUUUCCAUCAAGGCUAAGGCCAUUAGAGAUGAGAUGGAUGGAGAAACAAGCGGAUCUUCAGGACGUAGCUGGGAUCCUGGUUUGGAAAUUGAGGUCCCUUUUGAGCAGAGACCGGUAAAUGAGUACUCAUCUCUGAAGAAUGGAGUCUUGUAUUCGUGGGGUGAAUUGGGUCCGGGGUCGUUCUUCCUUCGCCUGGGAGGUCUCUGGUUGGCAGUCUUUACAGUUCUUGGAGGGCCAAUUGCCGCUGCAAGCUUUAAUCCUUCUAGAGAACCUCUAAGAUUUAUACUAGCUGCUGGAACAGGAACGCUCUUCAUUGUGUCUUUGAUUGUCUUGAGGAUUUAUUUGGGUUGGAGUUAUGUUGGUGAUAGACUUCUAUCAGCGGUUAUCCCUUAUGAAGAAAGCGGAUGGUAUGACGGACAGAUGUGGGUCAAGCCGCCCGAGAUCCUAGCUCGUGAUAGAUUGCUGGGCUCUUACAAGGUUAAACCAGUUGUUAAACUGCUGAAGCAAACUCUAGUUGGGACAGGAGCAUUGCUUGUCACAGGAGUUAUGCUAUUUAUCUUUGCUACACCGGUGGAGAAUUUUCUUCGAACUACCUUUACCACGGAAGAAAUUAAAUCAACCGUUCAAGCUCCCAAGGUUAACAACACAAAGCUCAACCUGAGAAAAGAGGAGUUGCUUAAAUUGCCAGUGGAGGUAAUAACUGAUGAUGAUCUAGCAGCAGCUGCUGCCGAGGCUGCUGAUGGAAGACCUGUCUAUUGUAGGGAUAGGUAUUAUCGAGCAUUAGCAGGAGGGCAAUACUGCAAAUGGGAUGAUCUGCUCAAAUAA